AUGCUGAAACCGCGGGACCUGGGCCCCGGGGCGUCCACGCAAACUUUCCUGGAGGCCAUGAGGGCUGGCCGGAUGCAUCUGGCGCGCUUUGUCCUGGAUGCCGUCGAUGGGGCUAUUGUGGAUUGGCGAUCGGACCGGGGCCGUUCGCCUCUCAUGUACGCCGUGCUGCUGAAGGACCCGGCGUGGCGACUGGCCUUUGCGCGACUGUUGCUGGAGCAUCACGCCGCCGUCAACCUCGGCGACGACGCCGGGCGCAGCGCCCUCAGUCUGGCCUGCGAGCGCGGCUAUUUGGAGGUCACCAAGCUGCUGGUUCAGUUCGGCGCCGACCCAGACACGGUGGACGCGCGCGGCUGGAGCCCCCUCAUGUACGCCGCCUCGGAAGGGCGGACGUCGGUGGUGGAGUGGCUCCUGCGCGCCUUCCGUCGCUUCGGGCAGCUCCGCCUCGAGCGCGCCGACCGCGCCGGCCAUACAGCACUCCAGCUGGCCGCCAGCGGGGGCCACCACCAGUGCGUGAAGGCCCUGCGCUCGGCCGGCGCCUUGCUCCUCAUCUUCCCACAGUCGCCGUCGUCGCAGGCCGGAGACGACGACGACGGGGCCGCGUCGGCUGCUUCUCCCCCGCUUCGCGCGGCCAGCGAGCGGCAACUGCCGCUAGACCAGCGGAGCGCGGAGGAGCUGAGAUUCCAAGGGGAGGAAGAAGAGGCAGAAGAGGAAAAAGACCUUGGUGGCCCAGAGGCGAAAAAGGAGCCUUCGGCGACAAGGGGCCGCCAGCUGAUUCGCAGGUCCACGGCGCCUGACUGUCAGAGUCUUCUCAGCCACUGA